AUGCAGAUUAAAUCUGAUGCCCACGGCGGAGGCGAGGCAAUCAAACACCCACGUAUUGCUGGGUACAUACCGAAAAUGGCAGGAUAUCAAGAGAGCUGGAAGCAGGUUCACAAGCAUGUCCAGCCCGAGGGAAGGAGGGGCGUGCCGGAACCAGCUGGUGCCAUGUAUGAAGUGGCAGCGAACCAGACGGCUUGGUUGGUUUCCGAGAAGUGGGGUGGCUCAGAAAUACUCAUGUUCAAGCUUGAGGUUUCGUGGGAAACGACCAACAACAGCACCUAG